CCAAGACGGGCACGUGACACAAGGGAAAUAACCCUUAAAUUUCCGGCGUGUUGCUUCGAAACAUGAAGCUGCAUUUCGCAAACCUAAUCGCUGCGGUGUAUUAAAUUUCCCCCUCUGUUGCGCAGAAGUAAUGACACAGUCCAUAGUAGUUCAAGUUGGUCAAUGUGGCAAUCAGAUUGGCUGUCGAUUCUGGGACCUUGCAUUACGAGAGCAUGCAGCUGUCAACAAACAAGGCAUUUAUGAUGAAGCCCUCAGUAGCUUCUUCCGCAAUGUUGAUUGUCGUUUUGAUGACCCAGUUGACAUUCCACUUGAUACUGGAAAGGGCAAGGUCAAGGCACUUAAAGCUCGAGCUGUACUAGUUGACAUGGAAGAAGGAGUAGUCAGUGAAAUGAUGAAGGGACCAUUAAAAGAAGUAUUUGACCUUCAACAGCACAUUACAGAUGUAUCAGGUUCUGGCAAUAACUGGGCUGUUGGCAACAAGAUGUAUGGACCACAGUAUCGAGAUCAGUUGUCAGACAUUAUUCGUCGUGCAGCAGAAUUUUGUGACUGCCUUCAGUGCUUCUUUAUCAUCCAUUCCAUGGGUGGAGGAACUGGAUCGGGGGUUGGCACAUACAUCUUGACUUUGCAAGAUGAGUAUCCAGAUGUGUACAGGUUUGUAACUGCACUUUACCCAUCUGCUGAAGAUGAUGUGAUUACCUCCCCAUACAACAGCAUUUUAGCCAUGCGAGAACUGACAGAACAUGCAGAUUGUGUGCUGCCUGUAGAGAACCAGGCGCUCGUAGACAUUGUGAAUAAAAUCUCUGAAGCAGUACCCUCUGGCAAGACAGGCAAGCGAACUUACACCUCUGCACAUAGCUCCGAUGUCAAGGCACGCAGCAGCAUCUUAACAAGUGAAGGUGGGGUGACCAAACAGAAAGAUAUGCGCCCAUUUGACUCCAUGAACAACAUUGUUGCCAAUCUUCUUCUCAACAUGACCAGCUCAGCAAGGUUUGAGGGAUCUUUGAAUGUAGAUUUGAAUGAGAUCACCAUGAAUUUGGUUCCUUUCCCACGCCUUCAUUAUCUGGUCGCCAGCCAGACACCACUGUAUGCUCUUGCUGAUGUCCAUCUUCCUCCUCGCAGAUUGGAUCAGAUGUUUACUGAUGCCUUUUCCCGAGAUUACCAGCUGAUCAAAGCAGAUCCAAGGCAUUCUCUGUACCUUGCCUGUGCCCUGAUGGUCAGGGGGAGCGUUGAGCUUUCAGAUAUUCGUCGUAACAUUGAUAGGUUAAAAGACCAGCUCCAUUUCAUUCACUGGAAUAAAGAAGGUUGGAAGACAGGGUUGUGUGCCGUUCCACCUGUGGGCCAGCCUUACUCACUUCUGACACUGGCUAACAACACAUGUGUGACAAACACCUUCACAGAACUGAGACACAGAUUUCAAAAACUUUUCAAACGUAAGGCUCAUCUUCAUCAUUAUCUUCACGUUGAUGGCAUGGAUAUGGAUGAAUUUACUCUCAGCUUGGAAUCACUUGACAGCAUAGUAGCAGAAUAUGAUGGCUUGCAACAACAGAUGGGAAUGCCUCCACCUUCUCAUCCCCGCCUGAAGAUUGUUACAUAAUGCUUCUAACACAGCUACUUGAUUACCCAGAAAUGGGCAAAUGUCAUCAGCACUCAGGGAGACUGUCACAUUACUUUGCAACAUUGCUGGGCAGUGUGUUCUCUUUACAUAUAUUAUUUAUUGUUUUAUUGUUACUAAAUAACAAACUUUUUCAACAAUGUGUCACAAAAUAAUGGAGGUUGAGGGUAGGGCAAUAGAUUGACAUUGUGCUUUUGGGAUGUGCAAGUUUGGGUCCAUGUAAGCAUAUAACUAAACAAGAAAGUUAACUCUAGACAAAAAAUGAGAGCUUAGGAGGUUUAGCCGAUUGUUAGUCACAGGGAGUGUUAGUGCUGCAAUGCACACCUUACAUUUAUCAGUGUAGGCUAUAUUUGGCAGGUCACGAUCUCCUGGCUUCAUCACACUUAAAUUAGGGGCUGUGCAGAUCUGUUUCUUGAACAGGGUCAAUAAGGUCAGCUCAGGUAAUUAUGGGAUGUAUAAAGAUGGGCAGCCUUGAUGGUCUUACACUAACUACAAUGUAUUAUUGGCUUUCUCUAUGUUAGGUAGACUUUUGAUUGUGACUGAUCAUUGGGAUGCUAUGGUUGUGAAACCACCAAGUUAGCACUGUGCCAGAUCUCAAAUCAGCUCCUUACCACCAAGCUCUUGGAGGAUACAAGUCGUAGAGUGAAAUUUGAUGAAGCUGAUUGGUCAAGUCUGUGCUGUAAGCGUGAAGUUAGUGAAGUGUCACCAGUCAAGCUACCACCAGACAAGGGACGUGUAUAGUGACUACUCCAGACAAGGGACAUGCAAAGCUAUGGUCAAUUGCAGCAGCAAAGCAGAGAUCUUUAUGAACAGGGUACAGCUCAGAGUACCAUAAAAUUGGGGCUUGAACAAUCUAAAAGAAUGUACCAACAUGUCGAUGAACCUCUAUUUCUUUGGCAGGUAAUAAAUCUUUGAUAAUUUUUUUCCGGAAUACAUUCGAUAUAUAGAGAAAAAAGGUACUGUAUAUUUAGUAUUCAAAGGCACUAUUUCAUAAAGAAAGGUGAAGAAUUGCAUUGAUGUUUGCAUUAAUCUUUGGGUAUUUUGUUUGCUGAUUGUGAUAAUAGCCCUUAACACUUGCUUUUGGUUAUUUGAAGCCCCUUCACCAGAAAUAUGAAGGUUGUCUGUGCUUUACUACAAAGACUAUUUGCAGACGACACCACAAGAAGACAAAAAUAGUUUUAGGGGCAUCUUGAUUAAAGACAAGAAUCGUGCAUUUAUCAACUUACAUUGUUCUGCUGUUGAUAAGUUAUUAAAAAAUUCAAAAACUCAA